GACACGAGAGAAACACUGCUGGCCAGUGUUUUUCUGGGACUUGGCCUCCAUGUACGUGUCCGCAGUCUGGGACGUGUAGGAACCCUGGCCGUGCCCCGAUGCUGCCCCUGCCCGCGUGGUCCAGCGCGCUCAUCCAGGGAGCAGCCGAGCUGGGCGGCGCGGGGCCGGGUGGGGGCCGGGCGCGCGCGGGCCGCGGGGCUCAGCUGUGCUGCUGUUCUCUCCGCAGGGACGGCGGCUCCCGGCUGGCGGCGGCGCGCCCCCGGGCUGUGAAUGCGACUCGCCCCUCGGCCGCGCUCCCCGCCCGCCCGCCCGCCGGGACGCGGUAGGGGAUGCCCAGCUCCACUGCGAUGGCAGUUGGCGCGCUGUCCAGUUCCCUCCUGGUCACCUGCUGCCUGAUGGUGGCUCUGUGCAGCCCGAGCAUCCCUCUGGAGAAGCUGGCCCAGGCGCCGGAGCAGCCCGGCCAGGAGAAGCGCGAGCACGCGUCUCGGGACGGCCCGGGGCGGGUGAGCGAGCUCGGGCGCCCUGCGAGGGACGAGGGUGGCGGCGGCCGGGACUGGAAGGGCAAAGGCGGCCGCGGGCUGACCAGCCGGGAGGCGUGGAGCAGGCAGAAGCAGGCCUGGCCCGCCCAGGGCGGGGGCGCCAAGGCCGGGGACCUGCAGGUGCGGCCUCGAGGGGACACCCCCCACGAAGAGCCCCCGGCCGCCUCCGCCCAGGACGCCGCGGGCUCGGACCCGGGGCCCACGCUGGAGCCGCCGGAGGAGUACGCGUACCCGGACUACCGCGGCAAGGGCUGCGUCGACGAGAGCGGCUUCGUGUACGCGAUCGGAGAGAAGUUCGCGCCCGGCCCCUCGGCCUGCCCGUGCCUGUGCACCGAGGAGGGGCCGCUGUGCGCUCAGCCCGAGUGCCCGCGGCUGCACCCGCGCUGCAUCCACGUCGACACGAGCCAGUGCUGCCCGCAGUGCAAGGAGAGGAAGAACUACUGCGAGUUCCGGGGCAAGACCUACCAGACUCUGGAGGAGUUCGUGGUGUCGCCGUGUGAGCGGUGCCGCUGCGAGGCCAGCGGAGAAGUGCUGUGCGCGGUGUCCGCGUGUCCGCAGACGGAGUGUGUGGACCCGGUGUACGAGCCCGACCAGUGCUGCCCCAUCUGCAAAAACGGCCCCAACUGCUUUGCCGAGACGGCUGUCAUCCCAGCUGGAAGAGAGGUGAAAACAGACGAAUGCACCAUCUGUCACUGUACCUACGAGGAGGGGACGUGGAGGAUCGAGCGACAGGCCAUGUGCACGAGACACGAGUGCAGGCAAAUGUAGGGACCGGGCCCCCAGACCCGGGCGCUUCCCAGAAUCCUUUCCUGGCCUGGGCCAUCGGGGUGACCCUGGGACAUACGCCACCCACGCAAGGAGGAGACUCGCGAUGAGGAGUCAUGGCAGAUUUGGGGCACUUUUGCUUUUCUUGGGAACAAUGACUGCAAGAGAAGGAAAUGGAUCUGUUUCAAAACAUCCACACGGACCUUGGGCGUAAAAUCCGUCUCUAAAUAAAUGUGCUAUUUUCACAGUGAGUACACUAAAGUACACUAUUAUAUAUGAAAUGUAUUUCUAUAAUCCCUCUAUUAGAGAGCUUAUAUAAAUGUUUUCUAUAGAUACAGAUUAAAAUGCUGUGCUGUCCACUGUC